GAAGCAUUUUUCCGUACAGCCCAAUCAGCAUACCAGGCAAUUCACACAGAAGAAGCCCAAUUAUCCAAGGCUCCUCCGUCCGGUAGUGGGCUUUACGCCCAGGCUCCAGGCGCGCGCGGCGGGGCCAGAGCACAGAGCGAGCGAACACACGGCGGCGGCGGCAGGUGGAAACCUUUUCCUUGCGGCGGCCGGCGGGAAAGCAGGCAAGCAGCUGCGGGCUGCGAGCUGGCCGCUGAGGAGAGUGAAGGCGCGGAACCGCGGCACCCGCCGCUUUGCGGAGGAGGGCGUGGAGCCGUGGAGGGGCAGCGGGCGCGCCGGCGGGCAGCAGCAGGUUGGCUUGCGCGGCGCCUGGAGAAGGCCGUACGUGGCAGGGCCGCAGGGGCAGUCGUGCGGCGACGGAGAGAGAGAGGUGUGAGUUGAGCAGCUGAGCAGGCCGAGCUCGACUUACCGAACGGCGGUAGCUUGCUGUCCGAGCAGGUGGGUAAAGCAAGGCCGGUUCUUCUUUUUUCCCCAAUGAGGGUUGAGGGGUCGAAUGCAGAGCUGAAAGAUCCAUAUUUACCAUGCUCGUCUGGCGUCGACCCAAAUGCGCAGCUGAAUGGUUCAGACACUGGAUGGUUUUCUCCCGGGAAACUUUUUCUUGCCCGUUCUCAGCGCUCGCCACUGCAGUUCAGUCAGACUCCUCCAGUGGUGAUGAGAAGCCGGAUUCUGUUCUCGGCAAUAAAAUCAUCCGGAGACAACCCCGUGGAUUAAGCUCUGAUAGCAUUGUGCAGACGCUCCGCUGCCUAAGGAGGAAGCCUGCGGUUGCAUUUGCCUACUUCAAAGAUACGGAGAGCAUUGGGUUUCACCAUGAUUUUUCAACCUACUCAGAGAUCAUACAUAUUUUAACCCAUUCACUCCAGGGGAAGAUGUUGAUAUCCUUGUUCUGUGAGAUUGUUUCGCCAACUGGUAGUGGUGGUCCUGAAAUCUUAGCACUCAUGAAUCACCUCAGAAGAACAUGCGCCGCUCCUCACGCACUCUCAUUUGCAAUCAAUUGCUUGAUCAAGGCAUACACCAUGUGCCAUGAUGCACAGGCCACAAUAGACAUGCUUAGCCAUCUUUGCAGGCUUGGAUAUGUUCCAUCAGCUUGGGCUUGCAAUUUUGUUCUCAAAUUUGUAGCACAGAGCAGUGGAACAGAGAUGGUUGUCGCAGCUUAUGAUCAAAUGAAGUGCUCUCAGAUGACUCUGGAUGCUGAUUCAUUGAACAUAGUCACUAGGUCGCUUUUUAAAGCAAAGAAGGCAGACGAAGCAGUUCAAUUGUGGGUUGAGAUGGUUGAAAUAGGAGUGAAGCCGCAUGGAUACUCAUCAUUUGUAAUUGGUCUUUGUGGUUGUGGAAAGUAUGAUCUAGCUUAUGAGGUUCUUCAAUGGGUCAGCCAGGAGAGGGUCCCGAUUGAGGCCGUGGCUUAUAACAUGGCAAUGGAUGGACUAUGCAAAGAAAUGAGAUUGGAGGCAGCUGAAAAGAUAUUGGAGUUAAAGGCCAAACAAGGAUGUGUCCCUGAUGUAUAUGGUUAUAGCUAUCUCAUUCGUAGUUAUUGCAAAAUUGGCAACAUAUUAAAGGCGGUAGAUCAUUGUGAGGCCAUGGAAUCCCACGGUAUCAAGAUUAAUUGUCAUAUUGUUGGUUAUCUUCUACAAUGCUUAAGGAAGUUAGGCAAGACGUUUGAAGUUGUUGUGCACUUCGAGAAAUUUAGGGAUUCAGGGAUCUAUCUUGAUAAGGUGGUAUAUAACAUUGCUAUUGAUGCUUAUUGCAAGCUCGGAAACAUGAAUGAGGCAGUUAAUCUACUGAAUGAAAUGAUGUCUAGGGGUUUGGUACCUGAUAGAAUCCACUAUACAUGCCUGAUCAAUGGUUACUGUCUGACGGGAGAAAUGCAAAAGGCCCAGCAGGAAUUCAUGAAGAUGCUUAAGGCGAAUAUAAAACCAGACAUAGUUACCUGUAACAUAUUGGCCACUGGAUUUGGCAGGAGUGGUCUCUUUAUGGAGAUAUUUGACCUUCUAAACCUUAUGAUGGCUGAAGGGUUGCAGCCUACUUCACUUAUCUAUGGUGUAGCAAUUGAUAGCCUUUGUAAACGAGGCAAGCUUAGCGAAGCAGAAAAGUUAUUUUAUACAGUUGAAGAAAAAGGGAUAGAUAAUAUUGAAGCACUACAUAGUGCCAUGGUCUGUGGCUAUUUGAAUUCAGGUUGGAGUAACUAUGCUUACAUGCUUUUUCUUAGGGUUACUCAGCAAGGAAAUCUUGUGGAUCAUUUUGCAUGUUCAAAAUUGAUAGAUGACCUUUGUAGAGAUGAAAAUGUCAAAGAAGCUUCAGAUGUACUGAGCAUGAUGCUAAAAAAAAAUGUUGUUCCUGAUGUAGUUUCGUAUACCCAUCUCAUAUCAGCUUAUUGUCAGACAGGAGAUAUGAGCACUGCUCUCUUAUGGUUCGACGAUAUGGUUGGGCGAGGUUGUUCUCCUGAUGCUACUGUAUACACAGUGCUGAUGAAUGGGUACUGCAGGGCUGGUCAGUUUCAAGAAGCAUGGAAAUUAUUUGAUCAGAUGGUAAAACUUAACAUUAAGCCUGAUGUAGUUGCAUACACAGUCCUAUUGAACGGUACCCUAAAGGAAACCAUACAAAGAGGGUUGCAGGGCUUUGCUAAGGAGAGGAGGCGCUAUCUUCUUAGAGAAAAGCAUCAGAAGUUGCUGAGCUCUAUGGAAGGUGAGGAUAUCGAACCUGAUGUACAAUGUUACACGGUAUUGAUAGAUGGACGGUGCAAGGCAGAAUUUCUUGAGGAAGCUCGGGUACUGUUUGAUGAAAUGUUUCAGAAAGGGCUUACUCCUGAUGUUGACACAUACAGAGUGCUAAUAGAUGGAUAUCGUAGACAGGGAGAAAUAAGAAAGGCUGAGGUUCUUCAAAAAAUGAAAGAUAAGCUCACGAGUCCAGAUGUUUAGACAUACAGAGCUCUUAUAUAUGGAUAUUGUAGCCAGGGAGAGAGAGCGAAGGCUGACGAUAUUUUUCAAGAAAUGAUUCAAAUGAACGAUGAGGGCAUGGGUUAAGAUGUACUGAAUGUUUCAGUGUCACAACAGAAAACCUUGAAAUCUUAGAAGGCUCAGUUGUAUUUAUGAUCUCCCAGUUAUAUGUUGUUGAAAAAGUAUGGCAACAACAGAUAGGUACUAUUCUAUGUUUAGUUGUAUAUAGCAUUGACAAUCAUCAAAUUUAUUCAAACUAAUUUUUUGGCUUUCACAUGAAUAUGCCAUCA